AUGCCGUUCUACGAGAUCAUUGAGAAAGACGAGGCGGGUAAUGUGACGGCGACGUAUGUGCGUGAUGAUGCGGUGGGUAAGAAAGGAGCUGGAGCUGGAGGAGAGAGGGUUGAUGUUAUUGAUUCCCUGCAGGCGUUUUCAUCGUCGAUUGCGGGUAUGUUGGCAAGUCGAGCCAUCUUGGAAGGUGUCGGCGUCGGCGACUCGACAGCCACCCCCACAACGGCACUCCUCCUCUCCGUUAUCCAGACAUCCGUCGGACAAAUCGCCACGAUCCUCUUCGCCCAUCGGCUGGGCACAGCCCUGGAACCAGAGUGCAAAAUGUAUCGCUUAGCUGCUGACGUUUUCAACGACACAGCCAUGGUACUGGAUUGCCUAUCGCCCGCCUUUCCCAAGUCGAUUCGUGUGGCCGUGCUGAGCUUCUCGAGCUGUUUACGCGCACUAUGCGGGGUUUGUGCCGGAAGUUCAAAGGCUAGCCUGAGUGCGCACUUUGCGCACAAAGGAAACUUGGGCGAGGUGAACGCAAAAGACUCGAGCCAGGAGACGGUCAUCUCGCUGUUAGGCAUGCUCGCAGGCAGCCUCGUUGUCUCACAGAUUACCUCACCGCUCGCAACAUGGGGCACUCUCAUCCUCUUGCUCACCAUUCACUUGGCCACAAACUACGCCGCCGUCCGAGCUGUCAACAUGCACUGUCUGAACCGGCAACGCGCCAACAUCCUGUUUAGUAACAUGUUUCAACACGGCCUCGUACUAAGCCCACGAGACGUGUCCCAGCGCGAACGGGUCUUUGAGAGGGGCGGAGUGCUGCGCUGGUCUGACGACAAAGUACUAGGCAGGUGUAGCAUAGGCGUCCCACUACAGCGAUUACUCAACCGGCUAGGCACGCCGCACCAGCAGACGGGCUCGCUCACACUCAAGUCAAUGCAGAUAUCCGACCUUCUAGAAGUUUUUGCAAAUGAAAGCCUACAUAUUAUUGCCGGGCCUCGACUGCCGACGAAGCGCUGA